UGAGAUUCGUGAAAGGGCGUGUGAGCUGCUCCUUCACAAGAGACACAAACUCCACUCUGUUUAGGAGAGACAUUUUAGAUCGUCAGGUCCAGAGAGCAGCAUGGCGUUCUUCAAGAAGUUCUUCAAUGACGUUAUCAAGGACCGCAAAUCUGGGGACGACGACACAGUGAAGGUGAAAGAGAAGCCCAAACCCAAGUACUACGGCACAGUGGUUCCGUACCCAAACUUCAACGCCAGCCACGAUGUUUCUGUCCUGGAGAGCGCCAUCAAAGCCAGAGGCGUGGACGAGGACGUGAUCAUCUCUGUGCUGGUGAUGAGGAGCAACGAGCAGAGGCAGAAGAUCAAGGCUGUGUACGAGGCCACUACUGGGAAGCGCCUGGAAAAAGAGCUGAAGUCUGCUCUGAGAGGAGACCUGGAGGACGUGGCCCUGGCUCUGCUCAUGCCUCCAGCUCAGUUUGACGCCUUCUGCAUCAGGAAGGCCACCAAGCGUUUAGGAACAGAUGAAGAUGUUCUGGUGGAGAUCUUGGCCACGAGAACCAGAGCGGAGAUCCAGGACAUCAGCAGGGUCUUCAAACAUGAGUACGAUGUGGAGCUGGAGGAGGUGUUGAAGACUGAGGCCAGAGGAGACUUUGAGAAGGCCCUCCUGGCUCUGUAUAGGACCAGCAGAAGCACCAGUACAGAGGUGGACAUGCAGCUGGCGCAGAAGGACGCAGAGAUUCUGUUUGAGGCGGGGGAGAAACAGAAAGGGACCAAUGUGGACGCCUUCAUCGAGAUCCUGACCACUCGCAGUGCAGUCCAACUCUCCAAGACGUUCGAGAAAUACGCCGCUGUGAGUGACCUGUCCCUGCCCAAGGCCCUGAAGUGUGAGCUCAAGGGGGACAUCGAGGACUGCCUCAUCGACAUCGUCAAAGUGUGCUGGAACACUCCGGCUUUCUUCGCUGAGAAACUGCACGAGGCCAUGAAGGGCCAUGGCACAUGUGAGAAGUCUCUGAUCCGAGUGCUGGUGAGCCGCUCUGAGGUGGACCUGAAGAAGAUCGUGAGGGAGUACUACGCCAUGUACAACCGCUACCUUCAGGAGGACAUUGUGAGGGACACGGAGAAACACUUCCAGAAGGUGCUGCUGGGACUUUGUGGACCCGAGUAACCCUGUUCAUCCCCACCUGUCAAUACUGCACCUGUCCAUCUGCACCUGUCCAUCUCCCAUUGAAGGCACUGGAGGAAGAGAGAUGUGUGAUAGUUGUUUGACUGGACACUUUUAUUGGAAUCAUUCAGACUUUAGAGUCAUCAUCAGGAGUUUCAGAAGAGAGCAAAAAUAACUUGUACUUAUUAUGUCAUUUCACAAUAAAGUGCCUGUGAUUUAUGAGUUGUCUUUUAUUCUUCACAAAGGAUUGAGCUGAUGGAUUGAACCAUUCACUCAUUAGAACAUCAUGUGUGAAAAUAAUGGAUGUCUCACUAACAGUGUUGGGACGAGGACUUGUACUGUCAAAUGCAUUUAGUUACAAAAUACUGAAUCUCUUCAUUUAAGUGUAUUUUCUAAUGUAUGUUACAUGGUGUAGUCACAGUACUGUACUCCAGAUUAAAGGAUUUUGUCUCUUUGCCUUCA